AUGGGGGGGAUAAGCUUUACAGAAUGGCAGUAUUGGCACCAUGGCAAGAUCCGAAAGAGAGAGCUGGCUCUAACAAAGGAGGAAACUAGGAAGAAAAUGAAUGAGCUGCUGAAAGCAGCUUCGCUUGGGAAGCUCAAUGCAAAUGUAUCCAGUUUAAAUCUACUUGAGGAGGCAACAGCCACUGUGGAUCCAGCUGUAAGAAGUGGAGAGGUGAUUGCCGUGCCCCCUUUGUGGGAAAAGCCUCUUUCGGGAAGCAAUGAUUGUAUACCCAGCCCUCCUCUAGGAAGACCAACAAAGAGCACCUUGCAGGUUUCCCUUCAGAAUGUCCCUUUGAGUGUCCCUGAUAAUAAACAGCCCGAGAUCCUGUACACUGAGCCCUCCCAACAGUUUGGCAGUGAGAAGCUCAGAACCAGCAACCAGAAAGCAGAACCUAUUUGCAUGGGCCAUUUCCAUAAUCGCCACGUCUUCCAGCAACAGCUGACUGAGAAGCAAAAGAAGAAACUUCAGGAACAGCAGAAAACAAUUCUCGAGCCGAAGGAAAAUCAGCGGCUGGCAGAGGCUCGCUGGGCAGCAGAGCGUGCUGCAGCGGUUACAGAUACCCAGGGCUGCCUGCUGUUAAAUCUCAGAGACAAAGAAGAACCAAAAAUAGCAUGCCAGGUGCUUCUAAAUUCACCUGUUGCUCCCCCUGGAACUGAAGGCAGUAGAAGUAACUCCCGAAAUUCUCUUCCUGAAUCCAAAAGGAACCCAAAGCAGCUGAUGGCACCCCAUCCCACAGUGAAAGCCAUGGAAGAGCGAGCAAUUCAGCGAGCUGAACGUAGAGAGAUCUUGGCAGAGAAGAAGAAAAAACAAGAAGAGGAGAAAUUGGCCCAAUUAAAGGCCCAAGAAGAGGAGCGUCAGAAGAGGGAGGCAGAAGAAAAGGAGGCUCAGCUUGAAAGAAAACGAGAGAGACUGAAGAAAAUGAAAGAAGUAGAGAAGCAGAAGAAAAUAGAGAGGAACCAGCAGCUGGAAGCAGUUGCCAAAGAACAGUAUGAAAAGGUCUUGCUAAGAAAAAAAGGUCUAGAGCCUUGGAAGAGAUUCAGAAUGCAAAGCAAGCAAAACAUCCAGGUGGCAGAGGGACAUCACUCUGUGACAUUACAGAGGAAACGCCUACUGACCUGGUUCCAGUAUAGUCAGGAAAGCCUGAUUAGAAAGAUGGCCCAGGAUGAUCAACUUUAUUCCCAAAUAUUGCUUAGGAGAGUCUCCCGGAGCUGGCUACAGUACCUGACUGAUCUAGAGGAAGAAGUAAGAAAACUUCAUGUACAUUUUCUUCAGAAGAAGAUUUUCAAGGCCUGGUUUAACAUGGUCAGGGAAGCUAAGAUCGAUUCUCAGAGCAAGUAUGAGAUUGCAGUGGAGCAUAGUGACAGGAGGAUUUGCUGGAUCAUGUUUAAGACAUGGUGGAAGUUUGCAAAAUUUAUGAAAGAGGAGAGAUUAAAAGAAGAAAGGAGACAGCAACUCCGUAGGAAGGUAGCUGAAAUUCUUCCAGACUUCCAGAUGCUGGCCCCACUGCGACUACUGUUUUCUCACCACUGUCCAGUGGUCCAGGGACCGGGACGCGGCGAUGGGCGCGGGGUCAGGACCCACCGAGCGCCAGGCACGGGGCCCCGUCACCUGGAGCGGCAGGCUCGCCGCCUAGAGGGCCGGGCGCCGCCGGAGGACCCUGGCUCCCCGGGAGGCCGCGGAGGUUCCAGAGGCAGCGCUGCAGAGAGUCAGAACCAGCACAGUCACGCCGCAUAA